GCACCUGGGGGCGGCCAACCCCCAGCCUCUUCUGGCCCUUCCUUCCAGUCCGGGGGGAGGGCCGUUCCCAAGGGUCAGAAACUUGCGGCUUCUAACACCAAGAGCUCUUCCUUUCAAAGGAGCCUGGCAGCCUGUCCCGGCUGAGGUGACUCCACAGGGCGGGCCGGGGCUGCGGAGGGCGGGGCGCUCGGAGAACGUUAAAGAGGGCUCCCGGGCCCGCCCAGGCCCUGCUGCCGCGGCCCCCACCAUGGCUGAGACCGGCAAGCUCCAGCUGUUCGUCAAGGCCAGCGAGGACGGCGAGAGCGUGGGCCACUGCCCCUCUUGUCAGCGGCUCUUCAUGAUCCUGCUUCUCAAGGGCGUGCCCUUCACACUCACCACCGUGGACACCCGCAGGUCCCCGGAGGUGCUGAAAGACUUCGCUCCGGGCUCCCAGCUGCCCAUCCUGCUCUGCGACGGCGACGCCAAAACCGACACGCUGCAGAUCGAGGAGUUUCUGGAGGAGACGCUGGGCCCCCCAGAAUUCCCCAGCUUGGCGCCCAGAUACAGGGAGUCUGCCGCGGCGGGCAACGACGUCUUUCACAAGUUCUCUGCCUUCAUCAAGAACCCGGUGCCUGCACAGGACGACGCCCUGUACCAGCAGCUGCUGCGCGCCCUCGCCAAGUUAGACAGCUACCUGCGCGCGCCCCUGGAGCAUGAGCUGGGGCGCGAGCCGCAGCUGCGUGAGUCCCGCCGCCGCUUUCUGGACGGCGAUCAGCUCACGCUGGCCGACUGCGGCCUGCUGCCCAAGCUGCACAUCGUGAACACGGUGUGCGCGCACUUCCGCCAGGCUCCCAUCCCCGCUGAGCUGCGCGGCGUCCACCACUACCUGGACUGCGCCCUGCAGGAGAAGGAGUUCAAGUACACGUGUCCGCCCAGCGCUGAGAUCCUGGCGGCGUACAGGCCCGUCGUGCGCCCCCGCUAGCGCCCCUGCCACCUGCCCAAUCGUCCGCAGCCCCAUAAAGGCACCUCUG